AUGCGUCUUGCCACAGGAACGGUUUUAGGGCUACUUGCCUCUGCACAAGCCCUUGCCUCGACACAUCUACAUAGACGCUCUGCCCCUCCCUCUCCGGAGCCAAUCGUGGUGACGGAGCUCCCCCUGCCCCCUGUCACGCCAAACGACAAGAAUGGUUCCUGCACCCCGCAGAUCAACCCCCGUCGGACGGGAUGUAUGUUGCAGUCGUCGCAGGUCCAGAGCGGCAAUUUCCUGCCUGACAAUAAGCAUGUCAUUGUCAGUGUGAACUUUGCCGGGGCCCGGGACAGUAUCUACAACGGUACGCAGCUGGUUAUCGUCAAGACAGACAACACGACCUUCCCCAACGGCGACCCCUGGAAGUGCAUUACCUGCGGCGUCCCGGAGAAGAACAAGGUCGGCAGCACCGAGUUGACCCCGUAUCCCCAGGCCUUUUUCGAUGGCAAGCGGGUCAUGAUCGGAUCAAAUAUCGUCGACUGUGGCUCGGCAAAGCUGCCCAGCAAGGAAUGUACCCCGGACAAGGUGCAUAUCUACCCGAUCCGGUUCAGCGGCGGGGAUAUUCGCGAGCUGCGCAUCCAUCCGGAUAACGUGCAUCUCGGAUUCAACGUGUUUAAUUUCAACAGUGGAAAAAUGGACCAGUUCGCCUACUUUGGUCGCCUGCAGUUUAAUGACUCCUCGGUCGCCCCGGGGUAUGAUGUCGUGAAGGCUACUACGUUGUUCGAUGCGACGUCUCCGCAGCCGAUCAGCGCGAAGAACGGCCGGUUGGUCUUCAACGAGUCCGCGAUCGCAGUCGGCGAGCUGCGUGGCUUCAGUGGCCGCGGAAAGGAGGUCAUCUACGUUGGAAGUCCCUUGGAAUCAUGCAACAUCGACGUCUUCGCUGCCGACUUGACCACCGGUAAGGUGCGUCGUCUGACCAGCCAUCCGGAAUACGUCGACCCCAUUGAUAUCUCGCCCGACGACCGCUCUCAGGUCAUCUUGGACACGCGCGGUACGGGCCGUCAGAUGUUUAUGGCCGGCAUGCGCGGCAUUCCACCGAUCAUUGAUAUGGUCGUUACCACGGCGGCCUCGUCGACUCGCAACAACGGAGCCCGUCGGUUCUUCCUGCCGUGGUUGCUCGAUCAUGACGGCGACCGUGAGGACUACUUCGGUCAGCAGAUUAAUGCCGGAGGAGACGGUAGUCCUGGCAGUAUCAACGACCCGAACUGGAAUGCUGCGGCGGACCCGAAGUGGUCGUUUGACGGGACUCGCAUCGCGUAUACCGAGAACCUCGUCGUAUCUCCUGCCUGCGGUGGGAAGAAUCCCCUCCCCUGCCCGAAGUCGACAGCGCCCGGAGGUCGCGUUACUCGGCUAAUGGUGGCACAUCUGACGAGUCGAGAGCCGCUGAACCUGGAUCCCGUCGAGCCUGUCGCGGACGAAGUCCCCUGGGGCGUGCCCUUCGACGAGAGCGACGAGACCCCAGAGCGUCCGUACCCGACCUCAGGCAAUUACACGCUGCAUGGAAAGAGCUCGGGAACUGCCUCGGUGUCGGUUACCUAUGAAGAGGACUUGAUGAAGACGGUGGCGGUGACAUAUCGCAACUAUUCCGACGACGGGAAAAUUGUCAUCGAGGGGUCUGAGAAGGUCACCCGGACGAUUGAAAACCUCACGAUCAACAAGGUGGACUGGUAUUCGGACCUCACGUCGACCGGGGAGCAGAAGGCGACCAAGAAGACCAGCCCCGGGGGAUUCCACCUGGAGAUCGACUCGAUGACCAACAUUUUCCAGGCGAAUGGCACGUUGACGACGACGGUGGAUGGAAAGGAGUGGAAGCAGCCUGCCAACGGGACUUGA